AUGCACUCUUUUAUUGAAGGAACGGAGUCACUCGGGCCUGGAGAGCGUAUAUCAUUGGCUAAAUUGGCAAUCGACCAUUUGCAACGCACAUCCCGGCCCAUUCGUGUCGCUAUAGAUAUUUCGAUAUGGCUUUUCCAAGUCCAAGCGGGGAAAGGAGGCACAAAUCCGGAGCUUCGAACUCUCUUCUAUCGCCUGGUACGAUUGACUGGAUUGCCCGUGCAUCCACUCUUUAUUUACGAUGGCCCGCAGAGGCCUCAGUACAAGCGUGGCAAAUUAAUUGACAGAAACAACAGAGUUGGCGAUUUGGGGAGGAUAAUACGCCGCUCUAAACACUUGAUAGACCUGUUCCACUUUCCGCAUCACACAGCACCAGGAGAAGCAGAGGCUGAAUGCGCACGGCUGCAAAGCUCUGGGGUAGUGGAUGCGGUUAUGAGUGACGACGUCGAUGCUAUUAUGUUCGGAUCGAAGGUUACGAUCAUGAAUUUUUCUAAAGAAAACUCUAGUGGAACGAAUGCUGCUACCCAUGUUACUCUGUAUCAGACCGAGGAGAGUGGGGAUGGACGGAAACGAAAUGUUCUGCUUGAUAGGGGUGCCAUGAUUCUUUUUGCAUUGUUAAGUGGAGGCGACUAUCUACCCACUGGAGUACCAAAAUGCGGCCCGAAGCUAGCAAGGGAAAUUAUACAAGCUGGCUUCGGUAACGAAUUAUUACAAGCCAUUGAAGGUAGUCCAGCGGAAGUCGCCGUAAAGUUGGAGAAAUGGAGAGAACGGCUGCGAAACGAGCUCCAUGAAAAUGGCGAGGGCCAUUUCAGGUGCAAACAUAAGGCUGUCAAAAUUCCAGAUUGCUUUCCAGACCUGAAGGUGUUGGGUGACUACACGCAUCCAGUUGUUUCCUCCUCAGAGAAGUUAAAUGAGCUACAGCGGUCAUUUAAGUGGGACCAAGCCAUUGACAUUGAAGGCCUUAGAAAUUUCGUUUGGAAUGAUUUCGGCUGGCAACGUGGCUCUGCAAGAAGAUUGACAAAGGUCCUUGCGGCACCUCUUGUGUGCAAUAGAUUGAGACUUUGCCUUCCACUUCUUGCCAAACCCGACACAUUACCUCUCCGUGAACCAAAAAUAGGGACGCAAUUUUGUGGACAAAGGUUUCACUACAGCACCGACGGACUGUCAGAGUUGAGGCUUGAGUUCAUUCCCACCGAUAUUGUUGGUUUAGACUUGACUUACGAACCCACCACCGCGUCGCAACGGGAGAGUGAAUCCGAAGAUCUCGAUAAUCCGGAAGAAGAUGUAACCAACCUCAAACUAGGUACACGACGGCGAACGACGUACGAUCCUACACAAAAAGAAAAGGUAUGGGUCUUUGAAGCUAUCGCUGAGAUGGGAAUGCCAGACGCAGUCAUGACAUGGAAUUUUCAAAAACAGGAAAAGUUAGCGCUUGCGGAGAAACGAGUUUCCCGAAAAAGAGCUCCAAAGAUGACGAAACCAAAAGUUGUGGAUCCGAAAAUGAAAUUUGGAGAGAUUUUAAAGUACUGCACUGUCGUUAAAAGCCCAGGGACUAGACUAAUCAAGUUUCCUUCAUCCAGCUCUCAAAAGCAUAUGCACUGCGAUGAUUCCACUAUCACGAAUGGAUAUGCGUCUGAAUUAGAAUCACCAUCUAGUCAAGCAUGUUCUCCGAGCAAAAGAAAUUCCAUCGCCAAGCCAAGGCCAUUAGAGAAGGCGGCAUUAAGUGAUAUUGAGGCAACAAUGAAUUUUGAACGUGCUAAUGAAUCGGAUCAAUACAAUACUUCCGUGGAAACAAUAGAAAAGGCCAUGCUUGACAUGAAAAUUUCAUCUGAUAUUGGACAAUCUUCACCCACGAAGCGAGGCCGUAUCCGUACAGUCAGCCACAAGGCGGCAGGUUUGCGAGCCAUCCCACCUACCAGCCCGCAAACACGGAAUCGAAAUAAGUACAAAGAUACCUCAAAUAUCUUUCCACCCGUUGAGAAUUUAGAUAUCGAACGUGAAAGUAACCCGCCAGAGUCGAACACGAUUAAAUUGCAUUCACGAUUGUCAAUAUCCGAGUACGACCUUCCCACCGCAGACGACAUGUCGUCCCAAUUUUCAGGGCUCAAAAUUCAAGAUUGCAAAGUUGAUGAAUGGUCUGAAUCCUCACACACCAUCGCCGAAGGAAGUGGGACUUCGCAGAAUAUUCCCCCAGCGUCUACAGCCGCGAAGCUUUCAUCAAACGACGACCGCAAAGAGUUACUUUUUGAAACGGAGAAUUCCAACCAUACGUCAAACUCUCAAGUUGAGGUAACAGAGCUGCCAGUCAUCGAAAUUUAUAAUGGAUAUUGGGCAUACAGGCAACGGACAAAUAAUGAGGAACAGCAUUCUCCUGAAGUGCCAAGCGACAAUCAGGGGAACCUCUACCAUACUCAACAGAAAACUAUCCUGGAUAAGAAACUAGGGAAGAUGAAAUUACGGGGGCGAAUAUUAAUAAACCGCUAA